AUUGUUUUAGAUUUAGUCGCUAACAUGGAAGAGUUGGAAAAUUUGAAGAAUAACCAUUCCCGUAUGUUAUUCAUUAUCAGCCAGAUGCAUAAGGAUAAUGAGAUCUCUAGACAAGUUAAGAUAAAUCUGAAGUACUUGGUAUUCCUAAACGAUGCCAACCUUCUUGGAAUACUUAACAAGGGAUAUGUCAAUAUUGAGGACCUCAAGGAAGAGAUCAAGGUACUAGGCAAAAAUUUAAACAAUGAAGAUCUUGAAGAAGAGUUUAAAAACUCAGAGGUUUUUAAGCUGGAACAGCAGAACCAAAGUACUACUCAAGCUACACAACAAGAGACCAUGCAGUUCUUGGCAGGAGAGUCUAGUCCAAUUUCGUCAUUUUUACAGAAAGCUAAAAAGAGGAAGCAAAGAAGUGAUAGACCAGUGGAUAACUUCCAUUUGGAUCAAGCUGCUCAGAACUCCGUUAAGAAGGAAAAGAAUCCAAUAAUUCAGGAAUGUGAUUUCGGGGCUUCCCCCAAAGCUGUACUUCCAAGCAGAAGGAAAAAGUAA